AUGCUAGAGCCUAGCACUCUGAAUAUAUAAGGGCCCGGUAUCACCCGCCAGAGUUAGUUCGAUUUGAAAAGCGAUUGCGAAAGGAACUGAAAGAAGUUAUCUGUGAGCAUUUAUUUUGAAGUAUCACGUGUCAGUAUUUUUAAUAGUGUGUUUAAUUAAUUCUCGAUUUUGAAGCCGAGAAGAAAAAAGUCGUCUGUGAGCCUUUAUUGUGAAAUAUCAAAUAAUACAAUGCCUAGACGUAAAAAAGGAGGAGAUCUUGCCAGUUCUGCAGCGAAACGGCGGAAACAAAAAGAACAUAGAAGAAAUGAAACGGAAGAAGAGCGCGAAGCACGUUUACAAAAUCAACUAACUAGGAUGAGAACUCUGAGAAGCACAAAAAAUGAAGAAAGAAAAGAGAACGAAAGUAUAGAAGAAUCGAGAAUUUUAAAAGAUAAUUUAACAAAGGAAGCAUUCCACUACGAACCGACGAAAAAAUAUUACAAUCAUAAACAUGUUGUGAUCGGAAAAAUGGAUAACAUUUUGCUAAAAUACUUUUACAAAUAGGUGAAGACACAUAUCCUACUAAGCAAACGACCGGCCUCAUUGAACUCAAUAGUGAUUUCUGUAACAUAGCCACUACUGAAAACGAUCUAAUCGACAAAAUUUAUCCAAAUUUUGUUCAGAACUAUACCAACGUAGAGUGGUUAUUUCAAAGAGCAAUUUUGGCUACUAAAAAUAAUGUUGUUGACGAUAUCAAUUUUAAUAUUCUAAAGAAAAUACCUGGUGA